GCUCUUCAUCUAAGCCGCAUACCUGAUUCUUAAGCACUACCUUGGGUCUCUGUCUUAAAUUCAACUAUGUCUGAUUCUCUUGCGGCUGUUCCGACCAAUGGAGAACUGGCCAAAUUGACUGUGAAACAACUUCGAGCACUUUGCAAGGAAAAGAAACUUACUGGCUAUGCGAAACUCAGCAAACCAGCUUUGCUUCAGAUGCUUGGAGCAUUCAGAACCAAAGAGUCGCAUUCGGGAGCUGAUUCAACGCGAGAUCGUGCGCUCCCUUGCAAGGACUCGAACACGCCCGCUUCUGAGAGACCGGCUUCCACAACAAACUCCAGUGAACCAAGCAAGUCUGCCUUUGUUCCCAAUAAUGAUGCGCCAAUCCCUGGUGCCGAAAGGUCAAAUCUAUUACUUGAUAAAUCUCUCACUGGUGCUUCUCGACCUAGACAAAGCUUGGAACGGACUGAGACCGCUCAUUCGUCUACGUUGAGUCUUCCUACCAACCGCAUCAAGAAUACUUCGAACGUUCGCAAUGUCGAGAACAUUCCACCUAGCGGCGCCGAACCACAACAGAAACAGUCUCAGAACAAGUCUUCUAUGGUCCCUCGACCCACAGACUCUAGUCCCGAUACCGAACUAUCUACACUUCCAUAUUCUAAGAAUGCCUUAAAACGGCCUGGUCCGUUAUUCCGUCCUCUCUCGUCCAUCAAGAAGUCAAAGACAGCGCAUACACCCAGCUCUUCGUCGUCUGAAGCGACCUCAGUAGUCGUUCCCUCUGUGAAUUCUCCUAGCUCUGUAUUCCCAAGUCGUCCUGUGUCGGUGUCUAUUCCAGUUACACCAAAAGUGCCUACCAGGGGUCUCGCCGUGGUUAACCAAGUCCGCGCUAGUCCAGCUCAAACCUUGAAAUGCACUGGCCAAAGAUUCAAGCCUCUCGUGAUUAAUAAACCUCUGCCUAAAGCCACCUCUCCUUCUGCCGUCCCAAACGAUGAACUUUGUGCCAGUAGUUCAAACAACUCCGACUUUGGCCCUCCUGUUGUGGCAGUACCAGCUGUUCUUCAUUAUUUAGAUCUGCCUCCUCCCGCCGACGCCCCCACUUUGAAGCCCAUUACAAUGCCACCGUCUCUCUCUCAACGAAAACGCGUUCAACAGUGGGCAAUCGUAUUGAGCGACAUAAGACCUGCCGAUCGAAGAAGUUGUUGUCUAGUCUGCCGCAUGAUUCGCUAUGCUCUCUAUCUUUCUGCAAGUCCCAUUCUUCAACGGAAGUUUCCUGGGAAACGUCUUGAAGACGUCUCGCGCCGAUACUCGCCUACAAUGAGCAACAUGUGGCCUUACCUCCGACUGCGUCAAGAUGAAAUUGCAGAACGCCGUAAGAUUUAUCACGAAUCGUUUCUCAGCCGUAUUUUUAAAGGCCGGAAUCCCAUCGCUAUUUCUUUAUGGGCUAGCGGCAAUCAUGAAAACCAAUUGAGAAUUGCUCUACGGUUCGUUCUUACUAGGCUCUGGUUCUCUAUCUCCUUCAACAGUCAAGAGCACGAGACGUGGUUACAUGAGAAGGUCAUCGACGUUCAAGAGGUUGUGCCAAACCACGUCUGGAGUAUCACUGUUCAACGGGCUGAGGGGAGAUCUGCUCAAGUGUUCCAUGUCUUGGAAGCAACUUGCGAAGUAGUUGGACGCGCACGCCAACUCUCAAAUAUGCUAGAAGACGAAGACGACAUGCUCCCCAUUCCGUUACGAGCUGACUGGUCCGAGUUUAUUCAUCAUCAGUCCUCUAGUAACCUACCCUUGGAAGCCAAUUUAAAGUGGGCUCACUACGAAGAAUACGACAAGGGGGUCAGUAGGUUAUGGCUGAAGCGCAUCGCUUUUGAGGGCGAAGUAGGUGCAAUGAAGAGACUUAUCGCCGAAAGAUACGUCUUAGCGUCCGUUAUUGCAAAUAGUAUCAGUGGGCGUUGGAUGUCAACGGCGCAAAUGGCUCAAGAAUUCGCCGGACUACCAUCCCGAAUGGACGUUACCGACCUAAAGAAGGUACCUCAGAUGAAUCUCUUUGUGCCUGCUCAUCAUCACGUCGAGAGCGUGCAUUUCACAACAGCGAAACAUAUUCCGCUUCAUCCUGCACUCGCCGUCAUACAAACUCCAGACAGGGAGUAUUUCGUUUUGCGGGACAACGGCAUGGAAAUUGGAUGCGAGGAAGAAGGGAUUAGAGAUGUAUGGAUGCAAAUGUUACAAUGCAACAACAAAGGUCUGCCCUUGUAGCUCUGCCGCAUGUGAACGUAUACUACACCCGUCUCUUUGGCAUAUGACACCACGCGUGCUACAACCACGACUGCUGUAAAUACUCCACCAACUUCAUCCCUAACCUUAC